AUGCCCUCUGACUUUAUCUCCCUUUUCAGCGGGGACCUCGACCUGAAUUCUCCCAGAUCCUUGUACUCAAAAGAAUCAGCGUAUGAACUUCUUCCCAAGGAGCUACAGUUGCCUUUCUCCACUCAGCAGAGCCCAAAAAUCAUGAGUCAAAAGAGCGGCGGAGAGGCAGGGCCUCCCCCUUCAGCUGCUGUUGCAUCAGAUGCCAUGUCCUCCUCUGUGACCAUGGAAGGCCCCCGCAGUGCUUUUCCCACCUCUUCCAGCCCCACCAUGCAUUCCAGCGCUUCGGCCACUGACCAGAACGCGGUGCACGGCGGCAAUGUUGACCCGGAGGACUGCAGGAGUAGCAGAGUGGUUCCAGAGGUUGUGGGAGCAGAAGGUGGGAAUGGCAACAGCAGCAAUGGUGGUAACUGCAGAGGCUGCAGUGAGCAAGGAGGAGGAAGAGGAGUAACAUCCCAGGAGGCACAGCUACAUCACCAGAUGACCCCAUCGAAGCGCCGCACCGUACUGAAUAUUUCGCCGCCUCCGCAAGACCUGUUUGAUACCAGCCAGAUGUCCUGCCAGGAUGAAACAUCCCUGGACUCAGAGCAGAGUAACAGCAUUUGGAUGGAGGACUCUCUGUCCAACUUUAGCAUUAUGAGCACUGUCUCCUACAAUGACAACACAGAGGUGCCAAGGAAGUCCCGCAAACGUACCCCUCGGCAGAGGCCUGGUCCCAAGUCUCGGCCAGCAGGGGAAACCAGCAUGGACGUGUUUGAUGCAGACAGUGCCAAAGGGCCACACUUUGUCCUGUCACAGCUCGGCCCUGACAACAAGACGGGAUCCAAAGGAAGCUCUGAUGAUCCUCAGACAACUCACCACAAAGGAGGCGCGCUGUCGAUGCAAUUCCCACAGAAGAGUGAGGGGAAGGAGCUGAAGAUCGUUGUGCAGCCGGAGACUCAGCACCGAGCUCGAUAUCUGACUGAAGGCAGCAGAGGGUCCGUGAAGGACCGCACUCAGCAGGGCUUCCCUACUAUUAAGCUGGAGGGAGUGAAUGAGCCAGUGGUUUUGCAGGUGUUUGUGGGUAAUGACACCGGGCGCGUUAAGCCUCAUGGUUUUUACCAAGCGUGCAGGGUGACCGGCCGCAACACUACCGCCUGCAAAGAGGUGGACAUCGAUGGCACCACUGUCAUCGAGGUGUCCCUGGAUCCAAGCACCAACAUGAAACUAGCGGUGGACUGUGUUGGGAUCUUGAAGCUCCGUAACGCUGACGUCGAGGCUCGCAUUGGUGUUGCGGGAUCAAAGAAAAAGAGUACACGUGCACGGCUGGUGUUUAGGGUCAACAUCCCCCGUGCAGAUGGAUCAGUGCUCACUCUGCAGACCCCUUCUUCGCCAAUCCUGUGUACUCAGCCUGCAGGAGUGCCUGAAAUCCUGAAGAAGUCACUACACACUUGUUCAGUGAGAGGUGGAGAAGAGGUCUUUAUUAUUGGCAAAAACUUUCUUAAAGACACCAAAGUCAUAUUUCAGGAGAAUAUCUCUGACGAGAAAUCCUGGAAGGCAGAGGCUGAAAUCGACAUGGAGUUGUUUCACCAGAAUCAUCUGAUAGUGAAGGUUCCUCCGUACCAAAACCAAGCCAUCACCUCCCCUGCGUGUGUGGCAAUCUAUGUGGUGACGAAUGCUGGGAGAUCCCAUGAUGUUCAGCCGUUUACCUACACUCCAGAUUCAGCAAUAAAUGAUGUUGCCGUGAAGAAAGAGGCGCCUUCUCCAGUGAAUACUUGUUCAUUUGAUGAAGUUGUAGAUGACGCCUUGAUGCCUUCAAUGUUGCCUUUAGUGAAGCGAGAAGAUGUCACUCCGAUGGAGGUCACCAGCAACCUCCAAUCUUCUGGUGUAUUUAAGCAGACAGGCGACCUGUGUCCAGCCCAGCAGAACCCAGACAUGACUGCAGGACAUCUGAAUAAAAACAGAGCGUUCUCCAACAACCUAUCUCAGCCCGCAGGCGACCCUGACAAAGGCCAGGCUCCUGUCUUUCCCAACACAGAGCCCUUAAGCACGAUCCAGAAGCAGGACAUUGCACCCGCCAGCUCUUUCUCUGUGCCCGCCGACUCUCUGCUGCAACAGGGACCCCAGCAGUUCCUCCUGGAGCCCAGAGAGGGCCUCGGGCAGGAGAGGCCCGGUAACGGCUCUGGAUCUGUGGGGAGGCUGUGUGGAGAGCCUGCGCCUCAACAGCAGCAACUCCCAAUGUUCCCUCCAGACGAAGUAGCCCAGCUGGAGGAGGCAGUGAGGCAACUGAAAGCCAAAGGGUUCUGUAACCUACCACUUCAGUCUGACAACUCAAUGGCAAAACAGCAGCAACAACACAUCCAGCACCAGCAACAGAUCCAAAAACAGCAAAUUCAGCAGCAACAAAUCCAGCAACAACAUCUUCAACAGCAUCAGCAGCAACAGCAGCAGCAGCAGGUUCUGGAGAAUCUACAACAGCAGCUGUUUCAGUCACAGAUCCAGAUGCAGUGCGGCAUGUUUCAGGAGCCCCCCCAGGCCAAGAACGCAGAGCAGCAGGGCCCCUCACAAGGAGUGGUGACAAACCAGGGGACUCUCUUCCAGCAGGCCCAACAGCAGCAGCAGCAACAGCAGCAGCAAGCAGCUCUCUUUCAGCAGGCCAGUGACCUGCUCUCUAUUCAGACCAACUUCCUCCAGCAGUCACCCUCACACCCUUCCCCACCCAUGUUUCACAAUCCUAGUUCUUUGGCAGAAUCACAAGACCCUCAGGGGGGGUUGUUUCAGAAAGCCUCCCAGGAGCAGGUCCAGGCCGCUCUUUUUCAAAACACCAUGACAGUUCUACAGUCUCCAGACCAGCAGCCCUCAACCCCGGGACUUUUCCUCCCUCAGACAUCCCUGCCCUCUCAGCUUGCAACCAGUAGUGCUCAACAGCAGCAGCAGCAACAGCAGCAACAACAACAACAACAACUGGCCUUCCUCACUGCUCUACAAACGCCUUCCCCUGAACCACAAUCAGUAUUUCAGGCUCAGGCCCAGCUUUCCCCCAUCCAACAGAGAAGCCCCAUGGAGCAGCAGCAGCCCCCCCAGCCUCAGCCUCACACACAGCCAGCCCAGCAGGCCUCGCUGUUUCAGAACAUCACACAGCAUCCAUCUUCAAACACACUGUCUCCAGGUCAGCAGCAGCAGCAGGCUGGCCUACUGUUCUGCAACAGCCCUCUGUCCUCUCCAGAUCAGGCCUCCAGCCUCCUGUUCGGCAGCCAGGGCCAGAUGCCCCCACUGACUAGCAGCAGUCUUGUUUCCCAAGAGCCCCAAAACCCCUCAAUGCUCUUUUCCCAAGCCAGCAUGGUGGCAGUUAACCAGCAGGACCGCUCUGAGCCCAUGGCCCUGGGGAACCCCACAGAUCGACGGCAGCAAGUCAUGUUUCAGGAGCAGCAGCCGAUGCAGCUGGGCAGCAGUUCAAACAGCCGGCAGGAGCAGCCUGUGGGCCUCUUUAUGCCUCAGUCCAACAUGGGGUCUCUGCAGGGGGGGCUCGCCGCUCAGGAGCUCGCACAGUCAGCCAUGUUCGCCUCGCAGAAUGGCGUGGCUAACCUCCAGACGACCACCUCGUCGCCUGUUCAACAGCCCGGGACGCUGUUUCAGAGCGCUGUGGGCGGGAGCAUCAAUCAGCCCAGCCAGCCGCAGCAGCAGCCUGGCCUCUUCCUGUUCGGAAUUCAGAACGAAUGUGGCCAGCUGAUGAACACUCCUGGGAACACGCUGUCGGAUCAGAUCAUCGCCAUCAGCCAGUCGGGUCAGAAUCAGAGAGAGAGCGACGCACACAUCCAGUCGCUGCUCUGCCAGUCUCUGUCUCAGAGCGGGCCGGUGCAGAACAGCAUGAACUCCCCUCAGAACAUGGAGAAGAUCGACGACCUGCUGGUCAGCCUGCAGGAGUCGGGCAGCAACUUAACUCGUUCCUACUGACCUUCAUACAGAAUCUGUCUUUACUUUCAUUUAGAAAUUCUUGUAAAAAUGUAGACAAAAUGGUUAAAAUACUGUCUGUUGAUAAGCACAUGCAGUAAAUGAUUUGUGAAUUGGCCCUGCAUUAUGAAGUUUAAGACAAACAGAACAUUUUCUUUAUUUAUCUUAUUACUAAAUAUCCUCAAACACAUUAUUCUGUUUACUGCAGGACGGAGGAUUUAUUAAGAGCAGUAAAGGUGCUGCUGGCCUUUCUGAGCCAGUCUCCCUCUCCCAAAAAAAGUCCUCAAGAUGAAUUACUAAAGUGGCAUGAAUGAUAUCUGUUAACUCAUUAUUAAGGACAAACUGGACAUAUGAACUGUGAAUUUGGUUUGUAAUUUCUUGAAAAAGUGAAGGUCUCUUGUGGACUUUAUGAUUGACUGACUCUCCUUUGUAACAGACUUGAGCAAAAUUAGAUAGACUUCAGGCAAGAACAGACAAAUUGUCGUUAUCGUUCCUUGUGAAGAGAAGCAUUGAAGUGGUCUUGUUAUCAUUUAUCUUGUGAAGUUUUGAGUGUAUCUGUAGAUAGUUUGGCAGUGAUUUUAUCUGCUGAGUCUUUCUGUUCUCUAGGUGUUUUCUAAAGUGUUCUCCAAAGUGUUAAGUGGUUCCCAUGAAUAGUGUUCCCUUUGAUACUAAUUGUGUAGUGUUGUUACUUGGAAGCUAGAGUGUGCAGUAAAGCAGGAAGGUUUUGUAUGUAGGGUUGAAUAGAUCAAUUUUGUGAAAGGUACUCGCUGUUUCUCAUGGUUGGAAAAGUUUUCACCCAACAGGGCAGAAAGUGUAUUGAGGGAAGGUUAGAGAAGGCAGAUUAUAAAGAGGUAAUGGAAAAGUAGAAAAGUGAACUACACAGGUCUGAUGUGUAGUCACAAACACGUGUCUUUUAUGUUGUUGCUGAUUAAUUUUAAUGUUGUAGCAGCUAUCGUGCACCUGAAUAUAUAAAUAUACUGUUUCUGAUAAUCCAAAAAGUUACUUUAUGGAUAUGAAAGAAACAGUGUGCAGGAUGAGUAUAACUACAGUGACGGUGCAUUUUGUUGAUAUUUACAAGAGGCCUGGAUAAACUAGAUCUUGUCUUCUUGAUGUCUGGUGUAGUAACACCUAUAAAAUGUGUAGAUUAGCAAACAGCUGACGUUGAGGCAGUGCAGUAAAGGUGGUCACAUUUGUUGGCCUUGAGUUUCUUUACUUGCUAGCAGUAACGUUAGUCUGACACUCCCAUGUCUAACCAAAAGUCAAAGUAAACCUAAUCUGUUGUUCCUCUUUUGAAUGGGUGUGUGCUCUGGCAGGGGUGUUGGUGUAGAUACGAAGAGGUAUUUUGUAGAAGUGUUUAAUUUGUCCUGGUGUGCCAAACAGCCUUUACCAACAAAAUAUAUUUCUAUAUGAGCUACUUUACCAUCUCUAGCCCAGUGUACAGAUAGCACUCUGUGAUAUAGUAAGCAAACAUGUUGAGGCUAACAUUUAGUCUGCAUUCAUCAAACCAAACUGUGUCAGUUUGAUACUUUUAACAACAGACUCUCCUUUUAAUUCACAACAAAGAGAGGAAUCUUUUAAGAAAAAUAAAACAAAUAUUGGCUGAUUUUUGUUUUUUUACUUGUAAAUUCAGCACUUUAGGAUGCUGUCCUUUGUGACCACUUUACUCAUCGAGUGUACAGUACAGUCCCACGAGAGGUGGUGUGGGUUAUUUCAGACGGGAAAAAAAAAAGUGGCUUUUUUCCCCAAUAAUCUAUUUCACGUGACAAACAACUCGUAUUCAAAUACAACUACAGGAGAGAGAUAGUAGGAUGUAAUAUCGUAUAUUGUUAUUGUGUGAUUUAGUGUCAUUUUAAUGGCCUCAUUCUGCGUCAGGCACGCAUUACUGGAAUAGUAUUCUUAAACCAGCUAGAAAAGAGCCUUUUUAAACAGUUUAUAACAAUGUGAGUGUUGAGGAGAAGCAACAGUUUGUUGGAUACAGCUGUACAUUGUACAUCUCAUCCAGGUUAAGGUAUUAGCAUGCAGUAACAGAGCCGAUUUUACACGUUCUCUUGUAAAUGCAGUCGCCUGCCGUUAGCCAGCGGCCUCAGGACCAAAGUUUGACUCAAAUGUUGCUUUGCAUAAGUCCUGACAACAGGCCGGUUUUAUGUCUCAUAAGCUUUUUCACUUAAGAAGCACAUGAACAUAGAGCAUCAUUAUCAUCAUUAUAAGGCCUGAUGUCCUGCUGCCACACUUUUCUUUCUGUUUGUGUGUUUGUUGUCUUUGUGUCAUGAUUAGUUUCACUGUAUGCGUGAACAAGGGGCUGGUCUCUGAUGAUGACAGAAUUAGUUCAGUUUUAUGAUUGUCUUGUUUUUAUGUGUACAGUUUGUUAGAAACACAUUAACACCGUUACAUUUGAUACACCUAUGUGUCAGAAACAGCUGUUUUAUGAUGGAUAAUAUGUCAAAUUGACUAAUGUGAUUUGAGGGUUUUAGCGGUGUGAGGGGUUUUUAAAGGGACCCUACUCCUGAAGGAAACCUAACUUUGGAGAAAAGAGCUAUCUGCGAUUGGCUUUCUUCAACUCGUGAAAUAGAGGAACUUAAAUUUCCAGUGUUGAGUAUUUAUGACUUCAUUUGUUUUUGUUUUACAAAGUUUAGAUCUUCUUUUUUUAAAUAUGUGUAGUACCCGUGCCUCUCUUCAGAGAAUCAUUUGUAAUUUAUUUGUGUGUUGUUCAUUAUAUAUUUUUCUUCCCUUAAUCAGUUGUGUUCAGAUAUUUUAUAACUGUAUUAAUGGCAGCAAUGUGAUUUGCCCCACCUCCACACACACCUUCUGAUACUGUAGCUGGCCCCUUUUGAUGAUGGUGGUAAUGUCUUUAAAGAAGAUUGUACAAAAUAAAUGUAUAUUCCUGUGCACAGUUACUCCUUUGACUUUUAUAAUUAUAUACACUUUAUUGUACAUAUCAUUUGCUUGUAAUUGACUACAACACACUGGCCCUGUUGUCUUUUUUGACCAAAUAGUGAAACUCAGACAAAAUCAGAGAUUCUUCAAAACAGGACUAACAAAUGUCAGUAUUUUACUACAAAUAUGUGAAUGUGAUUAUACAGGAAGGCUGCAAAUGUUUCACUUUGAUCCAAAAUGUUCUUUUAUACACAUACUGUGGAUGUAAUUACUUUUUAGAAAUUACAGUUUCCUCAUUUGCGUAUAUUUACAUAAACUGGAUUUCUCAUAUUUCCUUAAAAUGCUACUAACUUUCUCUGUUUCUUGCAAAAGAACAACUGGUUUAUCUUAACAUUACCCAUUAAUUGAAUAUCAACACACUUAAUCUGCUAUCACAGGUUGACAAACUGUUUUGAUUCAAUGUCACUUUAGACACCGGAAGAUAUUGUACAUGUGCCUUGAGGAGAUGUUGUAGUUUCAACCAGAUUGAUGUUUUAUCAUUGUUGCCUGUUAAUACCCCACUGGUUUCUCCAGAUGAUGAUUAGUCCUCAUUUACUAGAAUGUUUUAAGCCAUAAGACUUUAAAUGUACUUUAAUUGCUCCACAAUAGUGACCAGAUAAAUGUGGUUGUGUUUGAUAAACUUGUCGUGCAAUUUCGGUUUCUGUUCUGUAUGCAUCCAACUUGUUUGUACUGAAGUAUCCAUUGCAUUUAUGUUAUACAACGUAGAUGCAGAUAUUGUUUUCCCUGAAACUGCUAUGCAGCUAAUAUACUGUAAAUGUAGAACUGUUAGUUAUUGAAUAUAUAUUUUUCUAAAUAGCAUCCCCUGUUUCAGCAUAAAGGGGAAACCAAAGUAGAUGUUCUUUCUAUUAUUUAUGUUGCUUUUUGAAAUAUUUUCUGAUGCCUUGAGUGCCGCCUGAAACCGUUAUAAAGUCAGUCAAAAUGCAAAUGUCUCUUCUCAACAACCAUCUCCGACCUGAAACAAGGGUCACUAAUUGUUUUUAAUACUUUAUUGCCUUAUUGCUUUUUGGGUUUUUUGUGGAUCUAGGCUUACUGUUUACUUGUACAGUGGUUCCUAAUCUGUCUGAUUUCUCUUUGGUCUCUGAGUGGAUGUCAUGGCGUUCUCAAAGUAAAAGUCAAUUAACAUUCAAAUAUACUUUUCCUGUAAUUUAGUUAACAAUGGGAUUUGCAAAUUGUGCGUACUUUCAUGUAAUUGGUCACUUAUAUGUUCAGAAUCUGGUAUUAUUAUUUACCAAAGUUCCCCACAUACCUGUAAGAUCUUUAAAGUCUCUUCACUCCCAACACAAGUGAACCACUCUUCUAGUAAACAGCUUAUAUUUGGUCCUAGAAAAAGCAAAGGGGGGCGUUACGUUUUUACCUUUUUGUUUCUAACCAUGUGAACAACUGUCAAAUAAUCACCCUUGGAAAACCAAUAUAUUUUCUUUGUGCUUUUGUUGGAAUGUUUUACUCUCUUGCAAAUUAAGUUUCUGUUAACUUGCUGCUAUCUAUAUUAAACAUAUAUACUUUAAA